AUGACGGACGCGGCAACAAAAGAAAGUCGGCGCCAGUCCCGCCGCYCCGACAGACUGUGCUACCCGAACAACACUGCGCGCAUCCUCCUGAUGAAGCAGACGAAGCCAGACACGCUUACGCCGCGUAUUCAAGCUUUACCGCAGGAGUUGCAAGAUGAGAUCCGAGCGUACACGCUCCUGAUCGCUCGCCAGCGUGAAUAUUGGAUAGGCCGUCAGAUCCUCGAAAAGGCCCGAGAAAUACCUUUGCUGGCUUCCAGACCUCGCCAUGGUGCGAACACACUCAGGCUCGAGCGCCUCGUUCAUCACGCUCGAGAACUGUUCAGGAACCCCAAUCCCGACUACGUCGAGUCGCUGCGCGGUCUAGUGCGUGUCUUCGCCACUGAUGAAAUCACAACCAUAUUCUUCCUGAGACAGCUCAUCAGUUACCCGAUCUCGRCCAAGAGCAGUCUCCUUGAAGAAGCUGCAGUCUUGCGAAUCGUCAUGCUGGCGUGUGAAUGUACCAAAUUGAGAAGCACCUCUCUAGGACUGGGAUAUGUUUGUCGACUUGUCCAACCAAGAUUCAAGUCCUUCGAGUAUUUGCGCUGGAACUUGUGCAUGCAGGAUAUGCCUACCUUCCUGACGGCGACAGUCAAGCAGCCAUACCUCGGUAAAGGGUACCCAUGCAUACCUAGUUCGCCMAGUCAUUGGUACAUGGACAUGCAUGGCGCUGAUCCCGAGCACCGGGCCAUCAUCAGCGUGGAAGGAGACAAGUCGUACACAUGGCUGUCGCUUCAUGGCGGAGGAUGGUGCUUCACUACCAAUACCCCAUCUAUCAAAGAGCUGGACCUCACGGGCAGUUAUGGGAUCGUGGAGUGGCAAGUGGAGGGCAGAAGUCCUGUUCGUAUCGACUAUUUGCAUAGGAGAGCGGGAACAUUCAACAAGUAUUGCGAGAAGUUCGACCCGAAGGGAGCCCGGGAGGUGGAGAGGUUGCGAGCGGAGCACGCGAGAAGAGACCUCGAGGAGUUUUGGGCAUUGCGCGAAUGGAGACAUGGUUGA